CUGCCUUAAACGCAUGCCACGCUCUUACUGUUGUGUGUCUCCUGAUCGACACCAGUUUUUGCGCGACGUAUGGAUUUAGCAUAGCCUGACAGUACCGGCGUUGACUACAUAGGCCAUGUGUGCUGUUCCAUUUCUGCGGUAAUCUUGUCGAAAGGCCAACCGCAAUACCGAGAGGUUAUUCGCAAAUGCCGCCAUACUCAAAUCUGCAGCUUCUGAAGCUGCAUUACAGAGAGUUUUUACGCAAGACAGCAGCCUACCAUCGUGGCGAUGGUGGCGACGCUUGCGCACAUACAUAUUACGUUGAACGCGCGUGGUCGGAAGCUUCAUUUGAGGAUUCCCUCACUAAGCUGUCCCAGGUUCUCUCAACAGUGGAUAUUGCAGAAUUGCGUGCAUCGUAUCAUGCGCGCAAAGAACGUGCGAAGGAGCGGCUGCGCCGAGCGUUUGAUGCUAAACUUUCGCGCCUGGGCAAUUUCCUCAACAGCGUAGACGAGUCUUCCUCCAGCAAUUCCAAGGAGGCAUUCCUUUCAUCUCCACGCGGUGUUUUACCGCAACUCCCCACGGAGGAAAGUGUAGCUUCAGUUGAGCGCCGCGACCUGGUAGCAAGCACCAGCGGCACCAGUUCAGACCUUCAGCAGCUUUACGGCACGAACGGCUUCCUGAGGCGUACUGUGCUGUACCUUCUGGGCAACGCAGCGCGCACCUACAUGACCAAUCUCAACGCAACGCGGGUGGAGGGAAUGGAAUCAAUGGCUGCAGCCCUGCAGCGACCCGCGGGUCAGGCUCUCAUCACGGUGUCCAACCACGUGGCCGCGCUGGACGAUCCGCUGGUGGUUUCAGCGCUACUGCCCGAGGGCGCCUUGGAGCGGCCGGAAAGUAUCAGGUGGACUCUCUGCGCCACCGACCGCUGCUUCCGCUACCGGGCGCUGGUGCCGCUGUUCCGCGCUGCCAAGGUGCUACCGGUGGUGCGUGGUGGCGGCAUGGCGCAGCCGGGCAUGGCAGCAGCGGAGGCGCGCCUCGCGGCCGGCGAGUGGGUGCACAUAUUUCCCGAGGGGACUCGCUCGCCGGACGGCGUGACGCUGGGCUCGGUGCGUAAGGGUGUUGGCCGGCUGGUGGCUUCGGUACCGGCAGACGCGCCGCCGCCGCUUGUCGUGCCAUUCGUGCACCGAGGCAUGGAGGACGUGAUGCCACGUGGCGCAGUGUUACCGGCUGUGGGCCAGCAGAUUGACGUCCUGGUGGGGGCGCCCAUUCCUGUUGCCGACAUUCUCUCUGCGGCACGUGCUGAGGGCUGGUCAGCGGACCGCCUGCACACGGCCGUUGCAGCACGCGUGGCGCACGGCCUCAAGGACCUGCGACGCCGACUAGACGCGCGGCGCGCGGGGCUGCCGGAUCCCGGACCCAGCCCCCCCGAGCCCCUUUCCACUUGCUCCGUUAGCAUUUUGGACCAGUUCGAUCACUCGGACCUGGCGCUGGCGGCCCGCCUGCGAGAUGAGCGCCGCCGUGGCAGUCGUGGCGGCGGCGUGUCGGCGACUUGGGAGCGACUCAAGUCCCGAAUGGCACUCCAGCAUCGAACAUGGGCGACGCAGGGCGUGGCAGCGGCGGCGGUAGCGCCGACCGCGACGCUGGCACCAGCAGCGAACGGGCCUGUUCCCGGGACUUGUUGUUCAACAAGAGCGGGGGACUCAGUUGGAGGGACGGCGGCGGGCGGGGGGGGAAGGUCCGGUGGGCUGUGGACGGGUGCGGGAGGUAGGAAAGCGGCCGACGGGUUUGACGCGCUGCACAUUGCAUAG